AAUUGCUAAUUAUUUUGAGAAUCAAAAAUCAAAUCAUCUCCCUAUCCAAUUUAUUCAUUCUUAUACCUAAUUUGCUCUCCCAGCCGCCACUUACACUCUCUCUCAUAUUUUCAAAUAUCAACCGAAGAGAGCAAGAAUUUCUUGUUGUUGCACGCACUCAUUCAAUCUAUCAUCUGCAGAGCAACCAAUAACCAAAUUCGGAAGGGAGAGAAGCAGAAGCUUCGAUCGCCAAUUUAUUCAUUGAAGAUUGCUAUAGGAUCUUCCGAUUUAAGGCAGUGUCAUCACAACUCUGUUCAACAAUCGUAUGUUAGAAGCCAUGAUCGUCUAUGUGAGAAGAGAAAGAAAGAAAACAGUUAUUGUGGGUGAUGACCCUUAUGCUUCCCCAAUUUUAUGCACUAUGAGAGAUCCCAACAACUGUGGUGUGAUACAAAGCAUGAAGGAGAGAGAAGAUGUAAUAAACAUAUCUGAAAAAUUGAACAACCGAACAGAGACAAUGCCAACUACAUCUACGUCAGUGGGACAACAGCUUAAUACUGGUUGUGGACAUCUUCCGUUGAUGGAUGGCGCUACAGCGGAAACUACCCAGCGUAAAAGAGUUACCGCUAAGGCUGUAUAUUCUCGAAGGUACAGAGAUGUAAUGAAUGCUCUAAUGAAACCACAUAGUGGUUAUACAUUGUUGUACGAGCCACAUCUUGUUUCAAUAUCAAAAAGUUCUAGCAAGAAGAUGAAGGGGACAUUGAAAUCCACACAACAACAAAGUAGGCCAGAGAAGAAUCCCACCAGAAAAGAAACACAAUUUAGAUCAUUCUCACAAAAUGUCAAGACUCUAACAGCUACUGGUAUGCUUGACGGGGCAGCUGUGCAGUAUCUUUCUGCAUCAAGAGAGAAGGAGCUUCGUGGAAUUAUCAAAGGCCCUAGCUAUCUUUGUGGUUGCAACUCUUGUAAUUACUCCAAGGUAGUAAAUGCUCUCGAGUUUGAAUGCCACGCGGGCUGCAAAACAAGUCACCCGAACAAUCACAUACACUUGGAGAAUGGCAAGACCCUCCAUUCGGUUGUUCAGGAGUUGAAGAACACCCCACCAACUAUGUUAUGCGAUGCCAUUCAGGCUGUGAUCGGCCCUUCUCUGAAUCGAGAAGCUUUCAAUUCUUGGAAAGGUCGUGGCCGCGGGAGGGGAUCUCGUGGAAGGGGUCGUGGGUUCAGAGCUAAUGGGCCGGUCCAAGCAGCUGCUUGAGUUGCUUAGGUGUUCGAACUUUUUUUUUUUUAACAUACACACAUCAGAGUUCGAGAUACAUUCGGCAAGCGAACUAGCCCGACACACCCCUCGUGGCUCGAAUACUUUAGCUUCCCUCCAACGGGUUCGGGCGUGAACGUAGCACGUGUCCGGCGUCGUCACUGCACUCCCUCCGACGAGUUCAGCCCCGGUAGACUACCCGCCACCCUCAGACGCGUCCAGGCUCGAAAGCUUGCCAAGCCCCAAGACAACAAGCCCUGUAAAAGCCCACAGGGGAAAUUAAUCCCAAGUUGGGGCAUCCAGGAUUCGAACUCAAGACCUCUUGGAUGGUCUCAUAUCCUUGCCAUCCUUCUCAACCACUUGAGCUAGGAGGCUUGGAUAGGUGUUUGAACUUGGGGUUUGUUGUAUUAGGACAAUAUAUGUUCUACAAGGUGAUAUGCAUCCACCCCAUCCCCGUUCUGCAAA